CGUUUUAAUUAAUUGUUUCCAAUUUUUUCAGAAAAAUUUUCCGGAGUUCUCAAGGGAUCCUUACCUAAUCAUACAAGUUUGUAGUAUGUAUAGCUUUUCUUUACAAAUUAUUAUCUUUCACUUUAAGAUAUAGGAUUAUCCUUAUGUAGCUGUUUUGAACUCAAAUCAAUUAAUGUAUAAAUCUCUUCAAAUAAAAGCCAGGUCAAUGAAAAUCUUUAAUUUAUGUCCCCUUAAGAAAUGUUUUUCAUCCACAUGUUUUUCUUCAAUAUCACAAACUUAUGUGCCUGUGAAUGAUUGUAUUUUUUUGUUGCUAAUAUUGUUACAUUAGCUUGGUAUAUAAUUGUAUAUAUAAUGAAUGCAGCUUUGAAUAUAGAAACAAAUAUCUUAAUGACUACAAAUUAAUUCAAUUCCUGAUAUUGCAUAAGAGGCACACUACAAAAAUAAAUCACCCUUUCCUACUGUAGGGCACCUUUUCAGUUUGUGGUCAUGUGUACCUGAAUUUAAAUACCCUUGAAAAUACUGGAAAAAUGACCUUGUAUAAAACAGAAGUUUAAAAGUUAACAUGGUAAAUUUCAUUCACUCCAUGCAUUCAUUCAUCCAAACAGAGUGUAGCCCUGCUACAGACUGCAGACUUAAAAAACAUAGGGAGCAAGUGUGUAUAUGUGUGUCUAAAUUUUGUAUCAUAUUUUCAUAAAAAUAAAAAUAUACAUUAUAUAAAAAAUGUAAAUUAUAUAAAUAUAUGUCAUAUAUAUAGUAUAUAUAUUAUGCGUAUACAUAUGUAUGUAGCAUGGAAAACAUGGCCCUUAUCUUCUGGGAGCAUAUAUUCUUUGGGAAGUUUAUUAUCCAUUUACUUUUAAAAUUGUUUUUCAUGUAUGCAUUUAGCCAUUGUGAUUUGUAGAUACUUACUUAAAACUUUCAAUUCCUUCUCAAGAAUCUUUGGCAAAAAAGGUACUUGAUGUUUUUAUAUCUUAUCACAUCUUCAUGGUUCUGAGGCAAAACACAUCCUUUUUGUAACCCAUUUUAUUUAUGUUGUAUAUAUCUAAAUGAUUUCAGAAGGAUUUGAAAAGCCACAAAAGCCACAAAGGCAAAGCUUGUAGUUCUUCUAGUCAUUAAAAAAAUACCAUGAGUCUUCUCUGUGAAUUGAACUUUACACCCAUACAGUUCCACAGUUUAGUGUCACUAGCUGGCUUGUCACUCACAUAAUAAACCACAUGGCUGAUUACAUUGUUGUAGAUAGGCAUAAUAGACUUUGCUCAGUACUAAUGACUAGCGAGGAAGCAAGGCAAUUUUCAAUCUUGGUAGGUUUCCCUCACUCCUAAGCAGAAUGGAACGCAAAUGAUCCUGGAAAAGCAGACACAGAGGUGAGGUCCAAGUGAGUAUGCAUUUUCUGAAAAAUCAGGGAAGUUCAUUCUUUAAAAUGUAACAAAUUAAUUUUACGCUACAGCUGCACUAUUUUGGUAGCUACAUUUUAAUGCCCCUAUUUCUAAAAAAUCAAACAUACACUUAAAUUGGCAAUCAAGGCAAUAAAUCUUAAAUUGAAAAUUAAAUUUUCUGCUUAUUUGCUGUUAGUUUUUACAUAGUUAUUUUGAAUAAGUUAAUUCAUUUUCCUUUCUCCAGGCAUUAUGAAAAACCUGUGUUUCAGAGUCAUUACAGUGGUUAUAGGUCUUUAUUUUACUGGAACAGUGACAAACCCAUCAAGACAAACCAGUAUUUUAUUCAAUUCUCAGUGCCAGUGGAAUGGAUAUCUUCUGACAAUUUGUUCUUUUACUGGAAAAUAUGAUCCACCUGUGGACAUAUCACAGACAGCAGCCAGAGUCGAUGUAAGCUCCAGUUUCUUUAGGGUUCUUUUACAGUGUCACACAAAAAAAGGAGAAUGGAAUAUAAAACAUCUGGACCUCAGUAACAAUCUCAUACCAAAAGUAACUUUAAGCACUCUUGAAUAUUUACACGCUUUGGAAAUAUUAAACCUCAGCAACAAUGCCAUCCAUUACAUCUCAUUGGAUCUACUCAGUCCUAAAUCCUCAUGGGUGAGACACCAUAGGAUCCGCUUGAGAAAUGGCUUUCUAUUUCUAAAGUCACUAAUUCUUCAAAGAAAAAAACUCAGUGACAUUUCCAAGGGACUGUGGAAACUGAAGUCAUUGGAUCUGUCAUUCAAUGGGAUAUCACAAAUUGGUUUGUCUGAUUUUCAAAACUGCCUGCAACUGGAGAACCUCUAUUUAAAGAGCAACAAGAUAUUUAAAAUUCACCCAGAAGCCUUCAAGGACCUCAAAAAAUCACAGCAGGUCGUAGAUCUCAGAAACAAUGUUCUGACCACCAUCCUACCAAUGAUGAUCAUUGCUUUAGAACUUCCCCAUCUGGAGGCUAACUUGGCUGAUAAACAAUGGCAGUGUGACUGUAGCAUGGCAGUCUUCCAAGAUUUCAUAUCUGAAUCCUGGAGGGAAAAAUGGCAUCUAAUCUGUAACAAGUCUAUAGGGAAUAAGGAAGCAUACUGGUGGAUUCCCAAAAGCAGAAUUUCCAGGGAGACCCACCAUCCUCACAUUAACAGGAAUCAUAUGAAAAGCCUUAGAACAAGCAAAGCCCAGAGGCCCCAGGAAAGACUGUUUGUGUGCCUUUCCACUCCAGGGAAGAAAAAACAUGCUGGCUUUGAUACCACUGAGAAGCAGAGACGGCUGCGAAGAUGGAUUAGGAGCUCCAGGGAUGUGCAAACUACUGGCGGAAAGGAAGACACCUCCCAGGACUUCACCCUGGCAGUCUGCCUGGCGGUGUUCAUCACGUUCUUCGUGGCUUUCGGCCUGGGGGCUUUUACAAGGCCUCAUGUUGACAGACUGUGGCAACAGAGAUGCCGGAACCGAGGCCCUGGUUCAGAUAGUGUGUAUUCGAACGAGGGCUUCUAUGCUGACGUGGAGGCUGCGGGGAGCCCACAGCACGGAAGGACAGGCCUGCCCCAGGCUUUCCAGGAUCUCAACUCCUAUGAGAACCACGACCCUUUCGUGGUGAGGCAGUGCAGCCCACACGCUGCUGUCGUUCCUGAUGGGACGCAGCGGGAGAGCAGGAAGAAACCUGGCAGCCCGCAGAGCAGGGAACUAUGCCAACACAACCCUGGGGCAGGAAGAAAGGAUCAGGGGCUUCCCAAUGAUAGUACAGCCCAUUCAGUUCUCCGAGGACAGACGAACACCGGUAAUAAGAUACUCAUUUCAGCAGGACAGGACCAUAUCUACAGGAAUGACCAUCUUGGAGAAAUAAAUGAUAAAACUGUGGUCCAGGAAGAUUCUCUCAGUGAGCAAAUGGAUGUCCCCACAGUAACUGGCAGGUUACAAACUGUCUCUGUCUCAAUCCAUGAUAAUUCACAUGAAUUAAACCCACCACCCUCAAGACAAAUUGCAGCUUCUUUCUCUAAAAUGCGAACACAUAUAAAAACACAGAGGACUGGAGAGAGUCAAGGAAGAGAGUGCACUGAACAGUUACCUUCAGAGUUUGCAAAGGAAAUGCAAGUGAGUGCUUACAUUAAUUCUCAGAACACACAGCAACAGAAGCUCAAGGGGGCCAGUGCUAAGGAAGAGCUUUCUGCCUGCUCCACGACGGUCCCACUCAGUGACCCAGGUGAUAUGGACCGAUUCCCACAGGUCUUUCCUCCAGGAUGGGGCCAGGGCCUGCAUGUCACUCCUGAUAUGCAGCCAGUGCAUAUACCUGUUCCUUCUGUCACUGAGUAUAAGCUGGACUCCAACUACGAUUCUGAUGAAGGGUCUUUAUUCACUCUUAGUUCUGUGAGUUCAGAGGAUGCAAGAAAUGAGAUUGAAGAAGAGGCACUUGGCAAGGGGAGCUGUACAGCCAGCAAACCCGUGGAGGACAAGGACUUAGGGCUGAGGAAGGACAAUGUCACCUCAUUAGAGAGUCUUGAGGACAAUAUCACCUUCCUGAAGAUUCUGGGGAAAUGUGAAAAUCAGGAAGAUCAUUUUGAAAAACCACCCAUUCCUGGUCCAGAGCCUGGUUUGUGUGAGACUCAUCUGCAGAGUGCCUCUAACACCAAAAAAAUCGAGGAUCUAUUGAGCUUGCCUGGAUCACUGGACAGCAGUCCUUUCAUUGAUGAGAUCCCAGGCACGGUCACUCAUGAGCACGUCACAGCUCCUCAGUCUGAGACAGCAGAGUGGCACUGCUCACUUAGAGACUUAGAAUUUUCAAAUGUGGAUAUUUAACCACAAAUACCACCACAUUCUGCUGAAGUUCUCUCAGACCCUCAUAAGAGUGUCUGUCAUGAAAGAGACUCAGAUAUUUAUAAAUAUGAACCUUUGUAUUCAGGGAAUAGAUACAGCUCAAAAUUAUAUUCCUUUUAAGAUCACUACAGAGGAAAACACAAUGCCCCCAGAACAAGAUUCUGAAGGGGGCAACAUGAAUUCCAACUGCUGGACACUGAGGCAAAUAAAGGGCUUAUAUAUCCUCAUGAGGACUGUGAUUCCUGAAAGGCUAUAAGCCAAACAAUUGUUACAGCCCUGUGGUCACGAAGCAGCUCUUCAGUGUGAAAGAGGAGGGGGUAAAUGUUUUGAAGAUGGUCCCAAGAGCCUGCUACAUUACUACAAGAGCUUCCAAAUAAAACCAGUUCACUAGGAACACAGGAGCUCUUCAUUGUUAGAGAUCGGGGUAAACAUUCAAAGGAGAAUCUGUUGCAGUUCAGAAAAGAUGAUUCUAACUUUUAUACAUAAAUGGAGACCCAGAGCAACUUGAUAGGAACUGGCUCUAUGACAAAGACAAGGACAUUCAAUUUGAAAAUCAAAGCAAAAUUCAAGUUAACAUUUUCCAUACAGACUGAAGCACUUAGAUGGAAUUGCUGAUCAGACUUUAAUUAAUUCUGCACAAAGAACUUCUUGGAAAUUGUUCCCAAAACUACAAAAAUGGAAGGAUUCAGAGCAAUUCUAAAUAUUUUUUUAAUAAGCUACAUUAAAAGAGGGACCAUUUUCUAGAAUUAAAUGUAAAUUAAAAAUCAAUUUCAAGAAAGGAAAUGUUUUUCUGUAAAUGAAAGAAGUACUCCAUCAUUAUCCUUGAUUAGUCCCAAGAAUCCCCUAAUCCAACUGUUAUCAUCACCACUAGUCUUAUAGGGUCUAAGUCCUCAGUAGCUCUCUCAACCCUCAAAUAAGGCAUAUGCUUUAUUGAUCACCUAGAUUGUUUUAAGGCCUCUUUGUGACCUUUAGUACUUCUCCUUGCCCCAACUUACCUCUAAAUAACCUUAUAUCCUAUUCAUCUCUUCACUACUCAAAACUUUUGAUAACUCCCCAUUGCCUAUAUAAAGACCAAAUCCCAUAAGCUGGCACACCCUGCCUUUCCAACUUCAUCUCAUGACAUUAUUAGUUCACCACACAUUCUACAUUCUGGUUUACAUCACUUAAGUGAAUCAUUUAUUCAUUUCAUCAAAAUUUUAAGGCCUUCACUGGUCUCUGAUCAAUUUCUUCCCCCUGUUCACAAUUGUUAUUUUGAAAUUUUCCUGUCCUUGAACUUUGAGAAAAUUUAGGCUAUCAGAAGAAAACUCCCUCACUCCCCUACCCCAUAGCAGUAAACAUUUUACUAUCCAUAUCCCUUCUUUCUUCCAAUCUAAGACUCAGUGGUUAAUCCCUCCAGUCUGCUCUUACUGCAGUCUUGGGCAUGGAUCUAUUAAGUAGAAAGCCAGACAUGAGCUACUGGAGAAGGGUGAGAGGAAAUCCCAGUUCAAAAUACCUGUAAAAACCAAAAUCAGUCAAAGGGAGAAAUAAAGUUUAAAAUCCAUUUAUUGCUUACAAACUGCA